AUGUCAACCAGACGAGUUCACCUUGCCACUGGACCUGUCGACAUCGUUGUGGACAAUUCCACAGCAGGAGACCCGGUUGCGGCAACAUUUUGGCACGGAGAUGUCAUCGCAACUGUCCAAAGUACUUUGCCAGAUCAGCCGUGGCAUGGCAAGACAUUGCUCUCCAGCGGCCCCCGCCGCUUUGACUUUUCCGACCAUGUCGAUGCGGAGAAUUCAGGUGGUUGCGGAAGUUGCGGAAGUUGCGGAAGUUGCGACCUGGUUCUGGCCAAUUUUUCGGUCUUGGCGCCACCUCGGCGUGGUUUGCACAUUGCCACUGAAAAAAGUGGCAUCACCAUCCCACAGAUACAGCAGCUGUUGGAUUUUGUCUUCACCAUGGUCAACAUGGUGGGGGCAUGCCGUUGGGCUGAAACCUUCGGUGAUGAACGUGGCAGGCCUUUGAGCUUUGAGGCUUUUAACCUUUAUCAUGCGAACUAUUGGAUUAUUGGACCUGCUACCGCUGUUCCGGAGGUUCCAUUGCAGAUAAAUGGUGAGGUUCUGGUGGGUUCCGGUGCAGAUACUGUUCCGGAAGGUUCCAAUGUAGAUACUUUGUUAGGUCCCGGAGGUUUCCGCCGCAGAUACCUGUUGCGGUUCCGGAAGAUUCCGGUGCAGACACCUGGUCAGCUUCUGGAGGGCUUGUGGCAGAUAGUCCUGAAGCCCAGAGACCUUUGUGGUUUGUCUCGCAUGCAUGGCUUGAACCCAUACACCUCUUUCUCACCUGCCUCCGCCAGCACUCAACCCUUCGAGAACUCCGCGUUCCAGCAUAUUGGGUAUGUGGAGGAACGGGACACCAACUCUUUGCUACUUGAUGUUGCUGCCACAGAUCUUUGCCAUGUUGCCCAUGUCAUCACUGAUGGCUUAGUCGGUGCUGAGACCCGGGUUCUCCCCAUCUUGGGCUUGCUCUGCAAGUCACGCCGUGGGCAAUCCUUUCCAAUGGAUUUGCUUCAGAAAGGCCUCAGCGUUGACAUUGCUACAGCACAAGCGUCCAAAGAAGAGGACAAGACACGGAUUUUGAACUCCGUGCGAUGUCCGCGAGCCAGGACAUGGGCGUUGGACACGCCUUUUCCAACGCAGCACCCCCGCUAUGAUGCCGUCAACAAAGCUUUAGCCUCCCACUUUGCACUGACCAGCAUCCAGCAGUCAUAUCGGAACGGACAACAAGCCCCAUCAACCCUGUGGCAAGCACUAAGGUCAGAUGCAGAAAGAAGGAACAUCCAAGUGUCACUGACAGGUUGCCACAAUUUCCAAGACCCGGACCUGCGGAUUCUCAUCGACAACCUGCCAUCCAAACUGCAAAGUUUACGGCUCGAUCUUGCCUACACUGGUUUGGAGCGUUUGGAUGAUCUAGCGGGUGCUUCCUUCGGAAACGCCCUUCAGACCCUAGUGAUUCGCUUCGCAGGAUCUUUAAGAAGCAUUUCUGGCUUGUCUGCUUUGCUUUGCCCUUCCUUGAGACGUUUGGAGCUGUGGCUGUCAGACCUUCCAGACUUAGAGGACAUCGAGUUGGGCAUCAGCAACAAGGCAUUGUUGAAGCUUCGUUUGGAGGAGCUGGUCUUGUAUGUGAACGGCUGUCCCAGCGUACCGCGCGAAUCCAAGACAGCAUUGUUUGCUGCCACUCGGCAGCUGAAGCAGUGCCUGCGACGCCGGCCUUACAUGUGGGUUCACAUCGAGGAUACAAACACCUGGACGCUGAAUCUCUGCCUUGGGAAGCUCAAGGUGGGUCGUUCACAAAGCCACCUUGAGAUAGGCGGGCGUUCACCCAGUUCACCCACGCCAAGCGCAGCUUCGCUGGCCGAGAUUCCAGAGUCACAAAUCGAUCCGUUCCCUUGCCAUUGCUGCACGAAGUUCCACGGAAAUUCUCAUGGAUACUGCGAUGCUCAUCGACUUGCCCGAUUUUACCACAAUGCGUUCUCCAGAUGUCAUCUCGUUUUUCAAUACGCAGAGCUGCUGCUGAUUUUCUUUGUACAAGCCACGGCAGAUAUCGAAUCGAGGGGCUUGCUGGCCUUGAUUGUCAUCUCUUUGUAUCCUGUGCUCUGGAUGAGCCUUGAUCGAUUGGUGGGGUCGGCCACCUCAAUUUGUGUCGUGUUGAUCUCGCUGCUCUUCGCAUCUGUAUCUUAUGCAUUGCUGCGAUUCGAUCGGAUGCACCGAGCAACUCUGGAACUGUCCUUGGCUUCUGAAGCCAUUUGCUCACAGGCGAUUCGUCCUGCGAACUUGUCGCACCUCUCUCUGGUCUUUGGAAGUUCCGCUGAUGACUUCCCGAACACAGAUUUGCGACAAAGCGACACGGAUUUGACAAGCAACUUCCGUCAGGCACGGAUCCACUUUCUCAGCUUUCAGAAUGCUUUGCGCCGAGCCUUGGGCGAAGGUGAAGUGACGAAUGCAACAGCAAAUGCAAAGAUCAAGCGCCUCGCCGACCUAACGAGUCAAGGACGAGACCAUGAUGUUCUUUCUUGCGAAAUCCAUUGUGAAUCCCUCCAGCAAGUUCAACUGGUGUGGCUUGCGCUGAGCAAAAGAUUUCAAGGCGAAGAAGAACCGUGGAAGAUCGUGGCAUUGUGGGAUGGAUUUGCCCAAGAAGAGGAGCGGAGAUGCAGCAAGAUCGUGAUGUCCAUGAACGGCCAGCUGGCAUAUCUUGGCAUGUCAUUCACGGCAUUUCAUGAAUUUGCAGGCUAUUUGGCCACUGUCGUUCUUUGUGUUGCCUCCUUAACAAGGCUGCAGAGUAACCUCAGCGAACUUUGCCUUUUGGCGGAUGCUUUUGGCCUCUUGGAGGAUGCAAAGCCUCGAAGGUGGCUGCAACGUGACGGUCCAAAUGCAAAGGGUUCAAGUUCUGGAGACCUGAUACCGAGUUUGCCUCGCGGCUCACAGAUUUUGGCUGCUCUUCUUCCGGUGCUCCUGUUACUGGCCCGUUUCGUUGCUAUGAUCACGGCAGCUUAUUUCACGUGUCAAUACUUCUUUCGCUAUGGCCCUUCCAGCUUGCACGAAAGCAUAGGUCAACUGGGACAGCAUCGCUUUGUCAAAGUCGCGUUUGGAGAACGCUUUGACGGCUCAUGGUGGGAUGCCUUGUGCUUAUCAGGGCCUUAUGCAGUUCUUGUAGUGGUUUUCGCACGCGAUUUGUUUUGCUUUUCUGCUCCGACAGCUCAAAAACGGAAGAGCAGACAGCUGUCACGAAUUGUCUAUGACCGCUAUUUUGGAGUUGAAGGCACCUACUACACGUUCAAAGUGGCUUUGCUACAGCUCCUGACCAUUUUGCUUCAGGCGUUUGGGAAGCUUCAUUUGCUCGGUGGCAUUGCACUCUUUGCAGAACAACAAAGGCUCUCAGUUGCAGAAUCUUUGAAGGUGGAUGGCAUAGCCCUGAAGGUAACAUUCUGGUUGUUUUGGGCGCUACUAUUUUGCAACAGCGUCUACCCCAACAUGCUCUUCAUUUUCCCGGAGAGUAUGCGGUGUCGCUACACCUGUGCGAUGCUGGACGUUUUCUUUGAUCUGGGAUAUGUUUUGAUCUACUUGGUGAUGGUUGUGAUCGGGACGACCGAGUUGCACGUGAACGUGUCUGUUUGGGGUAAUUUUGGAGAGCGCUCGCAGUUGGGCUUUAGUAACAGUAUAAGUGCCAAAUUCGCUUUCCCUUCAGAGUUCCUCCAAUACAUGGCAGUCUAUGUGAGCAUUGCUCACGUGUGCUGCGCUUGUCGCGCUGUUCAGAGAGGGCAAACGCCUGAGUUGGAAGCCGCGAGAGAUGUCCGCCCGAAGGUUGUCCGGGCCCAUGUGAGAUGUCCAUGGGUGAAACGCUUCCUGAAGUACAUCUACUCACCAUGUUUGACGGCGUUGCUUGUCUACUUGCUGAUCUGUCAGGAUGUUUAUCCAGGGCACAGAGGAGACUUCACGUGCUUCCCUUGCCGGUGUUCCGCUGGACGACUUCAAAGCUGCAGCUUGGCAGCGCAACUGCAGCAAGAGCAGCUUGUCAUUGCUGGUGUCACCAGCAUUGAGCCACAGGCAUUCAAACCUUUGGGUUGCGGCCUGUUGCGGUUGUCCCUAGCAAACACUUCCAUAACAAGCUUGGGACCAAGAAGCUUUGAGCAUCUCCCUUGCUUACAGAUAUUGGAUAUCAGCCGGUCAAAACUCAGCACGCUGGCCAGGGACUCUUUCUAUGGAUUGGAGCAGCUGGAAGUGCUCUCCCUCCAUGGGAACGAACUCCACAACAUCUCAGGAGACCAUUUAUCCCAUCUGCCAUCCCUUGAGAAGCUUCUGCUUGGAAGCAAGUCGGGCUUUGAGAAUGAAACACUGACAAAUUACGAAUUGGAAGCCGGAAACUUGAUCAAGUUUCUGCCACCCCGACUAUUUGAAGGAAAUCCGCACUUGAACUAUUUCGACGUCAGUGGCAACAACAUCACCAAAGUUGACUGAGACACUUUCGUUGGAGCGAAAAACUUGCGAGCCCUGGACCUCCGUUGGAACAGCCUGCGAGAACUUCCUGAAGGACU